UUACGGCAUUCAAAGUGGUGCGGGAAUUGGCGAUGUCUUUAGAGGAGUUUGGCGUUUCUUUCUUCCAAUUAUGAAACGUGUUGGCACCACUGUAUCCCAAGAGGCGUUAAACACUGGUCAAAGAGUGCUAGACAGAGUUAAUCAAGGAGAGACCCUAAAGAGUGCUUUUACAAGCGAGGGAAAAAGAGGAAUUGAUGCAGUACUUGAUAAAGGCGGUCUACCAAAACAAUUUGGUACAGGACGUGGAAGAAAGAGUAUAAAAGGAGGAAGAAAAUCGUUAAUUAAUCAACAUAAAACAAUUAUUAGUAAAAUUAUUACAAAACCAAACGUUUCCAAGAAAAGAAUUAGAUCAGACGCAUUUGGUUUAUAUUAAAUAAAAUGGCGUUUCAUAAGAUAGACAGCGAUAGCGUUAAUUCAAUUACUAAUGCCUUAGAUUUUUUCCAAGUUCCGCCAACGAAUGUAAGUAUUUCAUCAGCUAAAGUAUAUGAGAUAUUGACCAGCAAUCCAUUAACAGAUACUCCUUAUCAUUUCAAAAUACAUUCAAGCCAAAAUUUCAUCGAUCUUUCCAAAUGUUAUAUAUUAUCAGAAUUUCGGAUACGAAAAGAGGAGAAUGGUCAAUUAGUAAAUUUAACUCCAAAUGAA